AUGGUUCUUAUUAAGGUGUCACCCAUGCAAGGGGUGGUGAGAUUUGGCAAGAAGGGCAAGCUUAGUCUUCAAAACAUGAGUCCAUUUAAGAUUCUUGACUGUGUAGGGCCAGUGGCUUAUAGAUUGGCUUUAACACCUAACUUAUCUGGAAUUCAUCCAGUGUUUCAUGUGUCCAUGUUGAAGAGGUACCAUAGGGAUGGAGAUAACAUCAUAAAGUGGGACUCAGUAUUAUUAUACAAAGAUCUUCAGUAUGGGGAGGAGCUGGUUGCAAUUCUUGAUCGUAAUGUACGGAAGUUGAGGACCAAAGAGAUUAACUCCGUAAAGUUCAAUGGAAGCAUAAUCCGAUUGAGAAAGCUACUCGAGAAACCUAGAAGGACAUGCGAUAAAAGGUGGGAAUUUUCCCUCCAGGGUGGGGCUGCUUUGGCAUGGUGGGGGCCGCCAUAG